UUAGUUAUGGCAGCCACUAGAAAGCUUCAAGGUGAAAUUGAUCGGUGCCUUAAGAAAGUUACCGAGGGUGUUGAGACUUUUGAAGAUAUUUGGCAAAAAGUUCACAAUGCUACAAAUAGCAAUCAAAAAGAAAAGUACGAGGCCGACCUUAAAAAAGAAAUUAAAAAGUUACAAAGGCUACGUGAUCAGAUUAAAAGUUGGAUUGCGUCAGCAGAAAUCAAAGACAAAAGUUCAUUGCUUGAUUAUCGAAAGCUAAUAGAGACUCAAAUGGAAAGAUUUAAAGUAGUUGAACGAGAAACAAAGACUAAAGCUUAUUCUAAAGAAGGCUUAGGUGCUGCCCAAAAAUUAGAUCCUGCUCAAAAAGAAAGAGAAGAAACAAGUUCUUGGCUAACUCAAUCAAUUGAAUCCCUCAAUAUACAAAUGGAUCAAUACGAAUGUGAAAUGGAGUCAUUAUUAGUUGGAAAAAAGAAGCGAUUAGACAAAGAUAAACAGGAAAAACUAGAUGAAUUAAAAGCAAGAGUUGAACGACAUAGGUUUCAUAUACGGAAAUUAGAAACAUUGUUAAGAUUGUUAGAUAAUAUGUCUGUGGAAGUAAAAAAGAUUCGAACAAUUAAGGAUGAUGUAGAAUAUUAUAUUGAAGCCUCACAUGAAGAAGAUUUCAUGCAUAAUGACGAUUUAUAUGAUGAUAUAAUUGGUUCAGCUGAGCUUGAGUUAGGUGUUUCUGCUAACAGUUCUGCUGAAGCCAAUGGUACACCAACUAGCCAAACUACUAGUGUUGCUGGUUCAUGUCCAUCAUCUCCUGCUCCCACGUCACAAAAUCAUUCCAUAGAAGAACCUGUAUCUGUAUCGACAGUUGUGCUAACAGCAUCUAUCCCAGUGAUGACAACUACUAUUACUACAACUAGUGAAUCAAUUUCGUCGAUCUCUACAGUUCAAACAGUUGUCACAACUACUGCUAUCACUACUUCUACAGCUCCAGUUCUUGUUGCCGCAAUACCAACACCACUACAAACGCGGAAAAAGAAAGAUGAUUCAUCAAAGAGCACUGUGAAACCAACUCCAGUAAAAGUAAAUUCAUCAAGUAAUACAAACUCUACUGCUACCAUAAAAGCUCCAACAAUAGCAGCUGUUGUUAAAUCAUCUGUUACUAAUCAUAAUACCACUGCAUCUAACACAUCUCAAACUGUGUCUCAGUCAGUUACUACUCAAACUAGUACAACCACUGUUGGAAAUUUUGCUACUGUUGCUGCUUCAAAUCUUCAUAAUAAACAUGGUCAUGCACAGUCUGUUGAAAGCACUUCUGUUGUUACUUCAAUAACAACAUCUCCAUCACCAUACCCUGGAAGUAAUGUAUCCCCUGCACAAGUCAAUUCAAACAACACUGAUAGUGCUGUUAAUUGUGUUUCUACCACUCCUUCAUCGUUGAGUUCUACGACUUCACCUGUUCAAGUUGACUCCCAAGCAUCUUUAUCAUCGCUUAAAAUAAUGGCGCAAAACGCUAUUGACCAAGCUGGGAUUGAUGUUCCACAAAACACUUCAAACAUUAAAAAUGCAAACAUCAAUAUUAUUCAAAAUUCAAGUAGUCAUUUGAAUCUUCAACAACAGCAAUCACAACAGCCACCUGUUACAUUUGAAGCUAAUAUAUCUCCUUUAUUAGGGGUGGCUCCUUUAGGUCCAGUUCCACUGUCCAAAGAUCAUCAAUUUCAAUUUACAAUGCUUGAAUCUGCAUUUUUACACUUACCUCACCCUUCGGAUUCAGAAAGAAUUAAACUAUAUUUGCCACGAAAUCCAUGCCCUACGCCACAUUAUUAUAAUCAAGGACCACUUCCUCAUUCCGACAGUUUAGAAUUUUUUCAAAGGCUCUCAACAGAAACCCUUUUCUUUAUUUUCUACUACAUGGAAGGGUCUAAAGCACAGUAUUUGGCAGCUAAAGCAUUAAAAAAGCAAAGUUGGAGAUUUCAUACCAAAUAUAUGAUGUGGUUUCAACGGCAUGAAGAACCUAAGCUAAUUAACGAAGAAUAUGAACAGGGCACGUACAUUUAUUUUGAUUACGAGAAAUGGGGUCAACGGAAAAAAGAAGGCUUCACUUUUGAGUAUAAAUAUCUUGAAGACAGAGAAUUAAAUUGAACACCGCGUAGUUACACAUAGUCCUGUACUACAACAUAUUUCUAAAAAUGUAGUCCUGGUUUAAAAAAUGGAUUAUUUUUUUGUCCUUUCAACUUGUGAUAAUAACGUGAAAAUUGAAGAACAGGAUAUUGGAGUGUAAUAUUUUUUUAAAUUUAAAUAAGUCUUUGUUUUUAUGUAUAGUACAUAUUAACUAAGUGAUGUACGUAUUAACAGACUGCUUAAAAUUAAUUUUCCAAAUGAUUUAUUCUUAAACUAAGAAAUAAUUGGAUCUAUGACCCAAUAGCAUUUUUGCUGGGAGAACAUUAUAUUUUCUCUUUUAACCAGUAGAUUUCAUUAUUUUUUGUUUAAGUACUAGUGUACAAGUGUAAAAAAUUCAAAAUACGUUAAUAGAUUUAUUAUUAUUUCCCAACAUAGUUAAAAUUCUCAUAGUUUAAUGUUAGUGUUUUUCUGUAUUGUACUUUUUUGUACCUCAGGUUUUUUGUCUUUUAUGUUAUUAAAUCUGUGAUGCCAAAAAGUUAACUUCGUUUCUUGGUGUCAUUCAAAAAUUA